UGGUGCUGAUGCUGUGACAAUGGGAGUCAUCCAGAUAUGCAUCAUCUGGCCCGAGUGUGCCUGAAAGACAGCAGCAGGACGCAGGCUUGUUGUUAUUUUAAAGGGACGGAAAAGUAGCAGCAGAGACACGAGGAUCAUCCUGCUGCUCUGAGAGGUCUAGUGAUGGGAGUGUUCAGCCGACAGAAGUUUUUCCAAGAGCUCGCUCAUGGCUGCCUGCUGCCCACAGCUCAGCAGGGCCUGGAGCAGGUAUGGCAGCUGCUGGUUAUCUGCCUGCUAUGUCGACUUAUCUGGAUGUUCGGUCUCCCUUCUUUUGUGAAACACCUGGUCACAGUGGCAGGAGGUUUCUACACGCUCUACCUGUUCUUUGAGCUGCACAUGAUCUGGGUGGUCCUUCUCAGCCUUCUCUGCUACCUCUUCCUCUUCCUGUGUCGCCAUUCUACCAUCCGAGGCACCUUUCUCUCCAUCACUGUGCUCAUUUACCUGCUCCUGGGGGAGCUACAUAUGAUGGAUACCACUAACUGGCACAAGAUGAGAGGUUCUCAGAUGGUGGUUGCAAUGAAAGCCAUUUCUUUGGCCUUUGAUUUGGAUAGAGGUGUUGUGACCAGUGUGCCCUCACCCGUUGAGUUCAUGGGUUAUAUCUACUUUGUGGGCACAGUCAUCUUUGGUCCCUGGAUCAGCUUCAACAGCUACAAAGAAGCUUUAGAAGGCCGUAAGCUGAGCCUUUCGUGGCUUUUAAAAGUGUCUGUUAGCUGGGUGAAGAGCCAGGUCUGCCUUGUUAUUUCCAACUGUGUGGCACCCUACCUCUUCCCUUAUUUCAUACCUGUUUAUGGAGACAAGCUGCUACGAAGCAAAAAGAGGAGGAAGAUCAGGGGUACACCAGCUAAGUGGCUACUGGCGUAUGAGAACACACUGUCUUUCCACUUUAGCAAUUAUUUUGUUGGCUAUUUGAGUGAAACUACCACUACUCUGGCUGGGGCAGGCUUCACCGAGGAGAAAGAGAACCUCAAAUGGGAUAUGACCGUAUCCAAGCCGCUUAAUAUAGAGUUUCCUCGGUCAAUGGUGGAGGUGGUAACAUCAUGGAAUCUGCCCAUGUCUCGCUUUCUGCACACCUAUGUUUUUAAGAGUGCACUGAAAUUCGGGACAUUCUCUGCUAUAAUGGUGACAUAUACAGCCAGUGCCCUUUUGCAUGGUUUGAGUUUUCAUCUAGGUGCAGUCCUAAUGUCUUUGGGAUUCAUCACUUAUGUUGAGCACGUGUUGCGGAAGAGGCUUGCAGCUAUUUUUAAUGCCUGUAUACUGUCAAAGAAAUGCCUGCCAAACUGCACUCACCAGAACAAAAAGGGGUUAUGGGUGUAUAUGAUAAACAUAGCAUUCAGUGCUUUGGCAAUACUGCACUUGACAUACCUCGGCUCAGUGUUCAACUCCAGUGUGGACUUUAUGGAGGAGGAUGAGGACAAUAUCACCCAUCAUACCAUUCAGAAGUGGUCAGAGCUGAGCUGGACCAGCCACUGGGUCACAUUUGGAUGCUGGAUAUUAUACCGCCUUAUUCUCUAAUAAUAAGAAAUGAAGAAAGAGUGAAGGAAGUAAUAAUGAGAGAUGGAAAACUGGUUCUGCACUUCUGCACUGUGACUUUAUCCCGCAUCAGACCGAAGAGAACAGAAUCAUCCUGUAUACAACAACGAACCAACAUUCAGUGUUCAGGUUGCACCACAAGUUGGCUGGGUAAUCUAUUAUUCUAACCUGCUGGGGACUAGUUUUGAUAUCCAUGAAAUGAUAGCUCGCUCCUCAUUUCUUUUCUCUGCGUCGCUCCCUUUUUAUCUGAGCCGCAGUUAUCGAGCCCUCAUGUUGUGACAGCGGUUACCGAUGUCUCACUGUGAGUCACAAUCAAUACCUAUCAGCAUGGUGGAUAUUGGCUGCUCGUUUCUGUGGACACACGAUAAAGCCCAUUAUCUAGGUUUCAGCGUCGACUGCGGCAGAUGGUCUCAGUCCCUUCUAAUGUUAUAAAAUCAUACUUUUCAGUUUAAAGGGUAGGGGUGGCAGUCAUCAGUGUCUUCUUAUAGUGAACAAUAUCUACGAAAUGACCCAAAUCAAUAGUGCAAUUGUAGAUCUCUCAGUAUUUUACAGCUUCCUCCAACUUGUCUGUCCGUAGUACUCAGCCCUUUCUAAAAAAAAAAAAAUGCCCAAAUGAAUAUGAAACAGCUGGGACUGUAAGUUUCAGUGAAUGUUACUCAAAAAGAAAUGACGAGUAAAUUUGCGAAUAAGGUAUCUUUGCAGUCCACGCUGUCGGCAUUCCUCUGUCAAAGCUGGUGUUCGUCAACCAUCAUUAACAUUGAAGGCUCCACUCUGCACUGGUGCUAUGCAGAGCUUUGCAGGUGCACGCCUACUUGAUAUAGCUAUCUCCUGCCACUUGGGGGUAGUAUCAAGAACAACUGGAAAUGUGGGUUACUUUUUGUGUUUGCUUUGCUGUUGGUCCUUUGCCUUUAUCCACAGAGACUGUAUAUGAAAGACAGCCACCUCAGCAUCAUCUAUUGAUUUGUGAAGUCCCAUUUUAAGCCUCUAAUUUAGCUUAAUGGCUGAAACCAUCUUUUUGUUACUUUGUUUUUUACUCAGAGGGCACCGUAUUUUCCUGAGGAGGUGUAUUGCUACAUUGUGAGCUACUGCUAGCUUGGUUAGCAGUCUGCAUUCAUCAAAUGCAUUCAACAAAAAUGCUAGAAAAUACAACCAAUACUUCUAAUUAGUGCUAAGUGCUUUUAGAAUAAACGAAUACGGUUUCACUCACUAACACUGCAAAUCCUAAUUUAGACAAGUUAACUUAUACAGCUACCAUCCUAAUCAACUCCCACCAGCUAUAGAGGCCACAGCUGCUUAUUUGUUGGACAUUUUAAUAUUAAGCCAGUGGGGAUUGCUUCAUCAUGGCCAUUUGAAGUAUCUGGCACUUUUUCCUCUUUAUGUGAACGCUGCUGUGGUUGUUCCUCUUUUUGGUUCAACCAAUCAGCAUUGAGACUAUUCACUGGUAUAGGAGCAAUGCACCUCUGGCCUGUUGGAGGAGAGCAUGCAACCAUGUCUCCUUAGCACCUUCUUUUGGUUGCAUUUUCCUCAUUCUAUCCUCUGGGUAAACAUGUAGAGCUACACCAGCAGCGGACAAUAAAUCAGCUUUGACCCAACCACAUCAGACAUUUUUUAAUUGCCUCCUUUGAUUGGGGAAUUGCCGUUGGUCUUACGCAGAGACCUACUCUUGCCUAUUUUCAGUUUAUUGUAGUUAACAGCAGAGACAAAACUUUCCUAUAGGUUAGUUUGGCUGUUAGCUUUGGUCUUUUCAUGGAAUUACUAUAAGAAACAAACUGAAAAUGACUAGUCUCAUUCUUUAAUAGAGCUUGUCUCUUGAGCAUGUGUAAGACAAUGAGGAAUUAAUUUUGAAUGAAAAGAGCACAGAUUAUGGUUAUGAGGCAGCAAUUUUAUUGUCAACAGUAAUGAUUUCCCUUUUAGUGAAUUUUAGAUAAAGACAAAUAUUCAGUAAGUCCAUGAAUUAAAGUUUGUGGUGGAGUUUCCUAAUGGUGUUUGUAUUUAGCUUUGUGUUAAUUUGUUAAUUUCAUUUGAACUGAAUUAUUUCCUCUUGCUUAGAGUAGGUUGUAUUAGUAUUUUUAAAACUCUGUUAUUCCUCAGUGCUGAAAAAAACAAAGGUUUAGAAUCAGGGUAAUUUAAAAUGUGAUUACACGAUAUUAAAUAUUCAAUCUUAACUACAGAUUUUUAAUACACGGCUGCUUUUAAUGACACAUUUAUGUAAUUAAUGAUGAUCUGAUAAAAUAAGACAAGUGUCCAGUCUGUCUUUCCUUAAUCUAGACUGUCAAAGGAAUUGCUUUUUGCCUAGUAUGUUGUGUUAGAUUAGAGCCUGAAUGUUCGUCUCUGCCCAAGAACAAGUGCUCAGUCUCUGCAGACCUAACAUCACUCAGCAUUUUAAAACCUGUUCUGAUAUUUACUUUAGGUCAGUGUUUUUUCCCUGUAAAUGUGAAGGCACUGGUACACCUGUGAUAUUUUUAUAAAAUUUGUAAUGAAACCUGGAAUGUUGUCUUUGUUUGAUUCAAUGUCAACAUUUCAGAGAUUUUUUUUCUUUUUAAAAAACAAAUGCCAGAAAAACAUGGACUGCUGUAAUAAAUAACUGUUUAUUUUAGUGAUUUACAAAAAUAAUGUAUCAACUGUUACAAAGUCAAUCAUGGCAUUAGGGUGAGUUGAGAAGGACUGCAUGAUUUUUUUGAUUUUAUUUUUUGCUUUAAGCAAAGAUCUGGUCAAACCUGGAGUCUAUUUCUGAGCAUCCAAUAAGCUAAAGAGGACAAUGUCAGGAAGGUGACAGAAAAAGGUUGAACGACAGAUGGUGAUGGAUGGAGAUCAGGUUAUUUUUUUUUUUUUUUGCCACUGCCAGGGGUGAGCAUAUGCUGUAUUGCCAGGCCACACAACAGCACAGUCUGCAGGCUCUGGGGAAAAGAGCAAAAUGGAGGGGAGGGAUGGGGAGGUGCGCUCAGCCCUGUCUGCCCCGAGGACCCCCAUGUUUACGACGGCAGGACCCAAGCAGUGUCUCCAAAGCCAUCUUCACAAAUGCCUGGAAGUUACUGCUUCUCUCCCUUCGGCUGUCCUGCGAGGGGAUAAAACACAGACAGAUACCUUCACUGGGGACACAGUACUUCAUUUCAUCCCUGUGUGCCACAUGUAGGGGAUUUCAUGUACUGCUCCAAACUGUCAAAAUCAAGUCUGCA